GGAUGCUUAGUUCCCUGAAAUUGUGAAUGUAUUUGUGACUGUCAGAGGCUUCUCUUUUGCUGCCAACUUAAACUUAAAUGAAAAAGAAAACCAUCAAGAAGUCCACUAGUUUGAGGCAAUAACCAUGAUCAUUCACACGACAAGAUACAUAAUACACCAUGUAACUUUCUUAAUUGUUUUCACUUUUGAUGAAUCAGUUGUACGAAGUUUCUAUAUAUACUAGGCUGGUGAGCGUACAUUUCAAUUUCCAAUUCAUUAAGUAUAAUUACAUACACUUGGAGACAGCAAAACACUCCACAGCACUGCCAGUUGCUUUCUAAGUGUAAAACGAGUGGGAUCAAAUCGAACAUUAACAACUUACACGAUAAAAAUGAUUAUUACAGCUAUAAUUAUGAUUAGUUUAGCACUCUAUCAGACAGUCUUAGAUGGAGAGAAGCUGGUGAGGUAUACAAGAGUGUAUAUAUAGCCGGAAUAGCCAAUAACAUUUACGAGGGCGGUGACGUGUAGGGGUGUAGAGAGGAGGGGUAUUCUUCGGUAUUCUUCUGUCUUCUUUUCUUCAGCGUACUCAGUACGUUUUGGCUUGCGAGGUAUUGCUAUAUAAAAUAUAGAUGAAACAGCAUUUGUAGUAGUUAAAUAUCUCGGGCCUACAGGCCCUUCACCACAAUCUACUACCGGGCCAAUAACAAUUGUGAGGUAAAAAUAGGUGACUACACAUUCAUGCACACAAAAGCUAUACAUCCACCUGAUCCAAAACUAAUGCUCUUGGGGUGAUCACCAAUCAUAAGGGAAUGUAUACCUAAAAUUAAAAUUUCUGUAACGCUUAGCAUAUUCCCAAAAAAGGGAUCUUUAGUGGUGCUCUUUAAUUCAACUUUUUUCUAGCACUAAAUUCUACCAGCUGAUGUAUGACUAAUUUUCUUUGGCUUGGGGUGAUACCACAUGAUUUACCAACAAGCAUAUUGAAGUAUACGACCUAAACAUUAAUCAUUUCAGAGAAAAAGGGAUAAAUGUGUACAAUACAAGAUUAAACUUACCUAAAUUCAAUGAAGAAGAUAGUUGCAACGGUAAAUAGAGCUUGAAUAAUGGUUAUUCACUAUCUAUAUAAAGCACAGUUGCACUGGAUACUGGAAAACUUGACAGAAUACUAGUGACAACUCAUAAAAUCCUAGAUUUGCAAUAAUCUCAGUUACCCGCGAGGUUACUGGGGAAUAAAUUAGCCCUCAUUAAGCGAGGCGAGGAUGUUUAUCGAGGUCAUAUGUGAAGUACAUUGAAAUCUACUUCCGUUUCCAAUCCCUCUCUCCUACAUCUAUGAGUAGACCGAGGAGUCUACAUGUAUCACUAAUGGCUACUGCUAUCCCAUGUAUCCUGUUAGUUCUAGUCUGUGUGAGCCUAGCCUCAGCCCACUACCAUGCCACUCCUAGUGCCAAAGAUUUUAUCACUGGGGUGGAGGUGUCUGGUGGACGUGUGACCAGACAGAGUAACAGGGAAACCAUACGGAUAGUCCCUAUUUUUGACAUUUCAGUGGAUAAUGCGCUCCCAAACGAUAAGUCAGCCAUGCUCAGGACGGAAACAGUUCCCAAGCUCAUCCAAUUCUUUGAAGACAGUUUGAGUGUGGAUCGAAUCCAAGUAAAUUUGCUGUUUGAACGUGCCUGCACAGGAAUGGCGUUUUUCCCAUCCACGUCUCUUGAACCUAGACGCUGUAAUUCUACUUGUGCAUCAAGCACUACAUGUGGAGAAGUUUCUAUCCCAGAGGAGCACUUGAAGGGCUGUACUCAGUGCAAUGGCAUGGGUUCCAACAACUGUGAGCAGGUUAACAAUGGCGGAAUAGGUGUGUCUGGUGCCGAUGUGGUCCUCUAUAUCUCGGCUAUUGAUACCAAUGUCCUGAUGCUAACAAUGGUGGAGCUCAAACUGUAG